AUGAAUAUUGCACUGAGGAGUCCCAAGGCUCUUAGCGAUCAAGGAGGUGCUUACAAUAGUGAAACGUUCAAUCCAAAAGAAAAUUCAAUGUUCACAUCGGUGUGGAACCUACCCAAAGAAGACCAGCUGAAAAGUUGGACUGCACGCCGCACCACUGGGGCUACAGAGGUAGAUGAGCGCAUCACAAGAACAGCGAGGCUGGCCACCGCAACGAGAAAGCUCUGUGGGUUUGGAAAAAAAGGCUACAAAUUUCUAGAUGCCUACAAAUGA